AUGAACAUUCUGAUUGAGUUUCUUGCACUUUUGGUCUUGUUUUGUCCACCUUGUUUAGCUAAACAAACCAACUUCACUGAUUACGCUGCUUUACUAGCAUUUAAGUCUAGCCUUUUAUUGGAACCUCACAACAUUUUGUCCAAAAACUGGACCUCAGAAACACACUUGUGCAGCUGGUAUGGAGUUUCUUGCUUGAACCAGAGAGUUAGAGGUUUGCAACUUCCUAAUUUGGCCAUUCAAGGAAGUAUUGUUUCAGACAUUGGCAACUUGACUCAACUUGCUGUUCUUGAUCUUAGUAGCAAUGACUUGAACGGCAAUUUGCCAAGUGAAUUGGGCUUCUUGCAACAACUGAGACUUCUGAAUCUGACCGGGAAUUCUCUUCAAGGAACCAUUCCUCCAAACUUAAGCCGUUGUCACUUACUUCAACAACUUCAUUUAUCAGAUAACAUGAUCAAAGGAAGUAUACCCCAAGAACUUGGCCUUUUAAACCAACUCGGGUUUUUGCGUCUCAACAACAAUAACCUCACAGGCAAGAUUCCAUCUUUAUUAGGAAACUUAUCAAAGCUAGAAUACUUUUAUCUACAUGAAAAUGAUGAUUUGGAGGGUGAAAUACCAUCUGAACUAGGAUUGCAAAUUGUAGAUUUGUCCAUAAAUACCUUCUCAGGGGAACUUCCAAGUGAUUUGGGUAAUUAUCUUCCUAUCUUUGAGCGUCUUUUUCUGGACAGCAAUAGGAUAACUGAGAAAAUCCCUGCUUCUCUAUCUAAUGAAUCAAAGCUUAUCUCUUGUUCACUGAAAAUGAUAUGCAAGGAAAUAUUCCAAGUGAGUUUGUGGGGAUUUACAUCUGCAAUAUGCAAUGCCUCAAAGCUUGUGUAUCUUGAAGUUGCAAACAAUAGUUUUAGUGGACAAAUUCCCAUGAUGUUAGGUAACCUGGUGCACCUUAAGAAUCUUAAUCUGCAAAACAAUUUAUUGGGAAACAAGCCUGGAGCCACAUAUCUUGACUUCCUGAAUUCAUUGGUAAAUUGCAGGAAUCUCGAGUACCUAAUUCUUGAAUCUAAUCCUUUGAAUGGAAUGUUUCCGGAAUCAAUAGGAAAUUUAUCAAGCAAAAUGAAGGUCCUUCCUGCAGCGAAUUGUGGGAUUAGAGGCAGUAUUCCAAUAAGCCUUGGAAACUUAAGUAGCUUGAUUUACCUGGGAUUAGCAAAUAAUAACCUUGUCGGUAAUGUGCACCCCUCCUUUGUUGGCCUGCAAAACCUGGAAAGGCUGUACCUCACUGGAAAUAAAUUACAAGGGCCUUUUCCAACUGAACUGUGCAGCAUACAAAGAUUAGGUGUUUUGCACUUCGGAGAAAACAGAAUGUCAGGAUCAAUACCUUCAUGUAUUGGUAAUCUGACUGAAUUAAGAGAAAUGUCAAUUGCUGCCAACAAUUUCAACUACAACUUACCUUCAAGUUUCUGGAGAUUAAUAAAACUUGACGGUCUGAACUUGUCCAAAAACCUGCUGCAUGGUUUUUUACCUUCUGAUGUUGGAAACCUGAAAGCAGUGAACAUCAUGGACCUCUAUUUUAAUAAGUUUUUUGGUGAAAUACCCAAUUCCAUAGGGUCACUUCAAAAUCUAGUUUCACUAGAUAUGUAA